AGCGCCGCGCCCCUUCGCGAUGACGCGCCCACAUUCCUGCCUGAAGAGCAGCGGCUCCCCGAGGGGGCCGUCAGACCGGGAUCGACGUCGCUGCUGAGCUCUGGGCGCCUCAGCCGGAGCACCACGGACACGAUAUUUUUUUUCUGUUUUACACCGCUGGCUUUUUAAAGUUUUUUUUUUCUACCUUUAUUUAUUUAGGGUUCUGUUUUCGCUGACGCUUUAUAGUUAAGGGCUUUUUUCCCCCUUGUAAGAAGCAGCAGCAGAGAGAGGAGCAUCUCUUUAUUCCGAGGCUUCGGGAGGAAACCUCGCUUUCAAACUCUCGCGGAGAAGGCGCGGCGAGUCCCGCCGGCAAGGACAAAAGAGCGGCCGACGAACCCCGACCCCCGGCAUCGCCACCGCCAUGAGCAGCGCCGAGAUGGGCAAGUUCAACAUCUCCCCCGACGAGGACAGCAGCAGCUACAGCUCCAACAGCAACGACUAUAGCUACCCCUACCCCACCAAGCCGGCCAUGAAGAGCCACUAUGCGGAUAUUGAUCCAGAAAACCAAAAUUUCUUGCUUGACUCCAGUCUUGGAAAGAAGAAAUACGAAACUCAGUAUCAUCCGGGUACCACUUCCUUUGGAAUGUCAGUAUUUAAUCUAAGCAAUGCUAUUGUGGGUAGUGGCAUCCUUGGUCUUUCUUUUGCCAUGGCUAACACUGGAAUUGCUCUUUUUGUGAUACUCCUACUGGUUGUCUCAAUAUUAUCUUUGUAUUCAGUGCAUCUCCUUUUGAAGACUGCCAAUGAAGGAGGAUCUUUAUUGUAUGAACAAUUAGGAAUGAAGGCAUUUGGUAUGGCUGGAAAACUUGCUGCUUCUGGAUCAAUUACAAUGCAGAACAUUGGAGCUAUGUCAAGCUACCUCUUCAUAGUGAAAUAUGAGUUACCAUUGGUCAUCAAGACAUUUAUGAACAUCGAAGAGACCACAGGAGAAUGGUAUCUUAAUGGUGACUACUUAGUGCUGCUGGUGUCUGUCAUCCUUAUUCUUCCCCUGUCCUUACUGAAAAAUUUAGGAUAUUUGGGCUAUACCAGCGGCUUUUCAUUACUUUGCAUGGUCUUCUUUCUUAUUGUUGUAAUUUGGAAGAUGUUUCAGAUUCCUUGUCCUAUGGACAGUGACAUCGUGAACGUGACACUACUAAAUGUUACAGUGGCACCUUUGGUAGAUGAAAACAUAACAGGUGAUGAUGUGUGCAAGCCAAAAUACUUCAUCUUCAAUUCACAGACUGUGUAUGCUGUCCCAAUCUUGACAUUUUCUUUUGUCUGCCAUCCUGCGAUUCUUCCUAUCUAUGAAGAACUGAAAAGCCGAAGCCGUAAAAGAAUGAUGAAUGUGUCCUAUGUAUCUUUUUUUGCCAUGUUCCUCAUGUAUUUAUUGGCUGCUCUCUUUGGAUACCUGACAUUUUAUGGAAAAGUUGAACCAGAACUACUUCAUACAUACUCUGCAUAUCUGGGUCCUGAUGUUCUACUUCUUAUUGUGCGUCUCGCUGUACUUAUGGCUGUAACCCUUACUGUACCUGUAGUUAUUUUCCCAAUCCGCACUUCCAUUACCCAGCUGCUGUGGGCAGGGAAGGAGUUUAAAUGGUGGCGUCACUGUUCCAUUACAGUUGCUCUUCUGGUGUUUACCAACAUCCUUGUUAUCUUUGUCCCUACUAUUCGAGACAUCUUCGGAUUCAUUGGUGCAUCUGCAGCUGCCAUGCUGAUCUUUAUACUUCCUUCUGCCUUCUAUAUCAAAUUAGUGAAGAAAGAACCAAUGAAAUCUGUGCAAAAGAUUGGGGCUGCGCUCUUCUUUCUAAGUGGUCUACUUGUGAUGACUGGGUGUAUGACACUGAUUAUUCUAGACUGGACCCAAAAUGUUUCAUCCGAUGGCCAUUAACUGCCCUGGUUUAAUCUCUUAAUACUCCACUUCAAAUGCCAGUGUUCACUCAGAUACUGAGGAUGAAAAUGAGCUAUUCAGCUUCCUUUAAAAUGCAGAUUCUUUAUUGAUGGUUCUUCUGAUUGUAGAAUACCCGAACUCUGUCUUUAAGAAACUAUUCUGCACGAUGGAAGUGGAUAUUAACAUCAAACCACGUGAGUGUCUGGCUGAAGGAAGUGACAACUUUAUUCCAUUCCAGAGAAUGGACAGAACUCUCUGUAGACUUUUAUCAAGCCAUGUUUGGCUUUCGUCAUUGUUACUUGGAUAUUUUGUUAUUUUACUUGAAUGUGCCUAAUGGAACCAUUUGAUGUGAGAAAUGACUCUUUAAUUUACAGCAAAGUGUUUAAAUAACCAAUGAGAGAGAAAGAGAAACACUCUUAUUUUUUGUACCAAAAAUUCUUAUGGACCUCAAAAGCACUAUUUUGACUUUAAGAAACAUUUUUCUAAAAAGAAUGAAAUAAUAACAUAGAAGAGCUCGUAAAAAUAUCAAAUCAGUGUCGUAAAUUAAAUCAAGUUUGCCUUUCUGUAGAGGCAUAAUUAGAAGUAAUUUUAUUUAAAAAAAUAUUUCUAAUGACCAAAACAGAAAAUUAACCAAUUCAAAUCAAAAUUUUCUAAUUAUAAAUACUCCUCAUGAAAUUCACUUAGUUCAAAGCAGAGUGAAAAUAAUCCUGAAAAUAAUUUUUCAGCUUACUUAAGUAAAUACAGUUACCCUCAUUCCCAAAGGGGGUCUGGAAACCCACAUUUUCAAGCUUUACAAAAACCCACCCUUUAGAACGGGUACGUUUGAGAAAAAACAUAGUUAAUCUAGAAAUCAUGAAGAUGGCAUUGACAUUUCCAUUCUUGAGGUACUCAAUAGUGCAAUUGAGUAAAACAGGGUUUGGGGGGUUUUGACUUUUUUUUUUCCUGUUGUAGAUACAAAUUGAAUGGCACUGAAGCAUAUGAUGCCAUUAAUACAAAGCUCUCUGCUGGAGUUCUCUUAAUUAAUAAGGUCCAUUGUCACUUGUAGCAAUGUUUGUUGUUUUUUUGUUUUGUUUUGUUCUUUUCCUGUCCAAUCUAUCUUGAAAUGUAUCUGUAGGAAAACAAAAAGGUCCUAAUGUAGUUUACUAGUUGUAUAAUAUUCAAAAACUGUACAGUAUUUCUCAAAUUACUCAUCUGUUAUUGGAUUUAGAAUUACUUGACUAUUCUGUUUCUGAGUCAAAUCCACAAAAUAACUGCACCAGUAUUUCCUGCUUGGUACAAACUCUCUUCACAUACACAACUGGGAUUCCUCUUCCAAUUUAUACUGUAUAGUAGUGUUAAAGGUAACCUCAUAGACUGGUUAGUCAUCUCAUAUUUGUUUGCUUCAGAAAUAGGUAAAUUUCUUCUGAGCCCUAGCUAGCUAGCUGAUGAAACAGGUGCUGUAUGGUUGUGAUUAGCUGUUUUGUUUCUAGUGCAUGUUUACUCUUUCAUUCUUAUCCCAGGUUGAAGAGAAGUAACACUUGUAUAACAGCGUACUUGGCUUAUAAGAGGUUCUCAAACACAACAAUACUGGGUACAAGAGCCUGGAUAGAGAUUAUCAAUGAAAUAAUCAUGGCAAUGUGGUCAGCUGUCUUCAUCUGACACGAUGUUCUAAAAGAUCUGAUUUGCAAAGUUCCGCUUGGUCAUUGUGUCAGAGGGAACAAGUAAGGGCCUGUAAUCUAUUGACUAAACAGUGCCUGGAACUUUUCUGCUCUUACAGAAUUAAUCAGGAACAAAUCUAAGUGAUGUAGUCACUGUUUAACAGAUAAUGUCAAUCUCUGCCCAGCCAUUUAAAAUCUAUGAAAAAAUUGCAGGUGUUUUGUAUUGAUGAUACUUCUGCAUGACUGUAAGUACUGGUCACUAAGUCUGUAGUGUAAAGCUGUAAUGAGAAGUUGGGUUCCUCUUGUGUUGUUUGUAUUAUUAGUGGGGUUAUACUCAACUGGCAAUUAAUCAUCCUGGAGUCAGCACUGGCAAACGCUCCUUAGGUACUUCUCUGCCUCAGGUACUGUACAUCCAUGGCCAACUAUCCCAUGUUACCUGAUCUCCACAGAAGUGCUGAGCAAGUGUCUCCUCAGUACUUGGCAGCUUUUCUUCUUCCUCCGCAGACACAGAAAUGUAGAAGAGGAUUAAAAUGUUGUCUACCUUUUGAGCAAUUUGUAGCACAUAAGGGAUGAAGCGCUUCCCUCAGCAGCAUUUAAAAAGAAAGUGAGAAAUAGCCUGCUUUCUCUCAGUAGCCAUAGAAGAGGAAGGAGAUGUAAACGAGAAGUUACUACAGAAUCCUCCUCAGCAGCCGGAGAGGAGGCAGAUUUUUGUGAUGACACCUCAUAUCAUACAUGUCACUUAAUUCUCUGAAUGUAGCAAUUUCCAGAUUUGACAUUAUGUGUUAUAUUAUUUGAUGACUGGCUCUCCACCUGCAACAGUUGAGUUCCACUUGGCUGGGUUGGUUUCCAACAUAUGAUUUAUUUAAUUACCUUUUUCCCAAACCUGUUUGCUUACAGUUACCUACAUUGCAAACCCUAAAAGAGCAGCUUCAGUAUUAAACCACUGUUUUGUCACCUCGGUUAGACAUCACUGUCUUCCAUGAUAUUUCAGUCAUAAAUGUAACAUGUUAUUUAUAAAACAUUAAUCCAUUGAAACUAAACCUAUUUUUCAAUAUUUAUGAUAGUCUAUGUACAUAAAUUGUAUGUGUGUAUAUACUGUAAGUAUAAUGUAUAUAAUGUAGGUUUGGAAUCUGAGAUAUAUGUAUAUAGUCCUCUCAUUACUGAUUGUUACAUCAUUUCAAGGAGUUGUUCAUGUACAUCUGUAUAACAACUGUCAAAAGAAAGAUUCUUCUACAACAAAAUAUAAUACAGAAAUGGAAGAAAUGUGUUACGCCUAAGGUGUUUAAGAAAACACUAAGAUUGUAUUUAUUACAAAUGUAUAUGUUGCAAUAAAAAUGGGAGUCACUUGGGUCCAUAAAAAGCAUUGUUCAGGUUCCUGUAUACUUUUGCUCUAAAAUUUACCAUGGAUGCUACGAUUUCCUGACUUCAGCAACUUAACAAUUUUUACCAUCGAAUGUAUUUGUUAGGCCACCAAAUUCAGGCAUCCUACGGUACAACCCUGUACAUAUGUAAAUACCCACUGUAUUGUUAGAGGCCAACACUAACUACAGUUGUUGGCAGGAAGUGCAACACAGUUUCAAUGAAACCUUGUAUGUUUGUUUUAACUGAAAUAAAUAGAUAAACCUAA